AAGCUCAGGGGUGUGAACAUCUCCAGACAGCAGCCGGAAAGGACGAGAGCAACUGCCACCAUGAGUCGCAGCCCAGAGAGGAUGUCUUCGUACCGCCGCCAUUUCGAAGACGGCAUGACUUCGUCCUUCCAGGUGCGGGUGUCCAGCCCCUCGCCCCCCCGCGUUCGCCACCGCUCUGCCAGCUACAGCCGCAGUGCCGUGGCAACCACCAUGCGAGCUGAUAGCAUGGGCAGGAGAACCUUCUCUGGCACCCGCAGAUCGCACCUUACCAGUGCCCGCAGCAUGGGGGCGCUGUGUCUGGGUGUUGGAAUGGGAGCCACACUGGAUCUGGAUGCAGCGGCUGCAGAGAAUCAGGCCUUCCUCAGCACGCGGACCACUGAGCGCCAGGAGAUGGUGGUGCUUAACGACAGGCUGGCUGCCUACAUCGAGAAGGUGCGGACACUUGAGCAGCAGAACAAGCUGCUGGAGACAGAGAUUGCAGCCCUGCAGAAUCGUUAUGUGAAGCCCUCAGGCCUGCGAAUGCUUUAUGAGGAACAGCUGAGGGAGCUGAAGAGGAUUGCUGAUCAGAUGCUAGUACAGCGGAAUAUAGCUAUUGCUGCAAAAGAGGCCAUGGCGGCUCAACUAGAAAUGCUGAAAGCCAAAUACGAGGAAGCGGUGGAGGCCAGGAAGAAGGCCGAGCAGGAGAUCGAAGCCUUCCGCCCAGAUGUUGAUGCGGCCACCUCUGCACGCAUUGCCCUUGAGAAGCAACUGGAAAACCUUGAAGCCGAACUGCUCUUCCUCCAGAGGGUUCAGAAAGAGGAAAUCGAGGAGCUGAUGAAGCAGAUUUACGGUGCGGUUGCUAAGACUGAGGUGUCCUUCGCCCUCCCUGACCUCGCUGCUGCUCUCAAACUAAUACAGUCCCAGUAUGAUGAGAUUGCUGCCAAGAAUUUACAGGAAAUGGAUGCUUGGUAUAAAACGAAAUUUGAGGACUUGAGCAACGCCUCAACAAAACACGUGGAAAGAGUUCGAAGUGUCAGAGAAGAAAUGGCAACCUGUAAGAAAGAUAUUCAGAGCAAAGAGCGAGAACUGGAUGCGCUGAAGACCAGAAACGAGACGCUGGAGAUACAGAUCCGUGAGGCACUGGAAAAAUACAAGAAGGAGGAAGAGGAUCUUAAGGCAAGGAUCGAGGCUCUUACUGUUGAGCUGAAAUCCAUCAAGGGGAAAAUUGCACUCCACCUCCGUGAAUAUCAAGACUUACUGAACAUCAAGAUGGCCCUUGAGAUUGAAAUCACCACAUACAGGAAACUGAUUGAGGGGGAGGACUUGAGGCUGAGCAGCAUGGUCCGGAACCUGUCCCUCAUGAGCAGCAGUAUGAGCGCCACAUCCGCUAUGAGCGCCACGGCAACGAUGAGUACCGCAUCAGCCAUGAGCGCCGCAUCAGCCAUGAACUCCAUGGCGGCAGGGAGCUCCAUGGCGAUGAGGAGCUCCAUGGCGUCAGACAGCUCCGUGGUGGCAGGGAGCUCCACGGUGGCUGGGAACUCCACAGUGGCUGCUAGCACCACAGCGGCAGAGAGCUCCACAGCAACAGCGAGCUCCGCAGAGGCAGUGAAUGGGGGCCUGGGAGGCGGCCUGGGCGGGGGCGUGGAGAGCGACCUGGGCGGGGGCCUGGAGAGUACUCUGGGUGGGAACCCGGGGAACGGCACUGAGGGCAGCACCCUAGAUAGCCAGCUGGAAGCCACUGAGAGCAUUUCCUCCGAACAAGCAGUGGAGAUGACUGAGAGGAAAACUGUACUCAUCAGAACAGUUAAGACAGAUGAUGACACUACGCACAGCGACACCCAGGAGCGAACGAUCAUCAUUUCUGGUGCCGCUGAUGAAACAGAAGACGAUUAGAGCAGGAAGACCACACGGCCACUCGCCUUAAACCCCCUAGAGCUUAGCACUGAUGGUCCUAACCUGGUCCUUCGCCCAGACUGUUGAAUUGGCUGACAGUUGGGAUUGUUCUCCCAAAGUAGCACCUGUCUUUUCUCUUAAGCAUUGAAAUUCCUGUGUGUCUUACAUUGCCCUGAUUCCUGCAAAUAAAUAACACAGCAUCA